AUGAUAAAGCCAAGGAGAGACUCGUUCGGAUUUGUAGGAAAUGAAUCCCGACCGAAAUUGAGAGUCGAGAGCCUUAGACAGGUACCCAAAGGUAUACCGAGGGACGACCAGAUAUUUGCAUCAACAACACCCAUCCUUGGUGUGCGGUCCAUUAUUGAGCUGAAAGCCAAAGCAUGCUGUAGAAACUCCCUGCCGCAGCAUUGUAUCUUACCUCUAUAUAUAGGUGUGCGUAAUUACGUUCACAAGCAGAGCUUAAAACGUGAGUUACGAAAGGGAAGAGAAAAAAAGAAAAAGAAAAUCAGUAGUUUGAAACGUGAGUUAGCCAUGGCGCUCUUGCAAGGAGAUGAGACCCAUGAGGUGUUGAAAGCUCAAGCCCAUGUAUGGAACCAUGUGUUUAACUUUGUUAAUUCCAUGUCCCUCAAGUGUACCGUUCAACUUGGCAUACCGGACAUAGUCCACAACCAUGGCCAUCCCAUGACGCUCUCCGAGCUGGUGGCCGCACUUUCGAUCGCUCCUACUAGAACGGCUCAUGUGGGCCGCCUCAUGCGUUUGAUGGUCCACUCAGGGUUCUUCGCCAUACAAAAAAUCAACGAUGAUCAAGGAGGAGAUGAAGAAGGGUAUGUGCUAACACCAUCUUCUAGGCUCCUAUUGAAGGAUACAACAACGUGCAUUUCGCCGUUUCUGAUGAUGAUGCUAGACCCAGUUCUAGUAACCCCAUGGCAUUUCUUGAGCACUUGGUUCGUAGGGGACGAUCCAUCGCCCUUCCAUAUUGCACACAAGGCGGGCAUGUGGGAUUUUAUGGCCCAGAGCCCUGAGCUUAACGACUUCUUUAACGAAGCCAUGGCUAGCGAUGCUCGGCUAGCCAUGAGCAUUAUUGUUAAAGAGUGCAGUCCGGUCUUCCAAGGGUUGCGGUCGUUGGUCGAUGUUGGGGGUGGCACAGGAGCUUCUGCCAGGGCCAUCGCCAACUCAUUCCCACACGUGAAGUGCACCGUGUUUGAUCAACCACACGUGAUUGCAAGCGUGCCAAUGAGUAAUGACAUUGAUAUGGUUGGAGGAGACAUGUUCGAGUCCAUCCCUUCUGCGGAUGCAGUUUUCCUCAAGUGGGUUUUACACGACUGGGGUGACGAAGACUGCGUGAAAAUACUGAGAAGGUGCAAGGAAUCGAUCUCUUCUAAAGAAGAGGGUGGGAAGGUGAUUAUACUGGACAUGGUUGUGAACAUGAACAAGGACGAUUACAAGACGACGGAGAUGCAGCUCUUAGUUGAUCUGGCGGUGCUGGUUCUCCUUUGCGGGAAGGAGAGGGAGGAGCACGAAUGGCAAAAGAUGUUCAUUGAUGCUGGUUUCACUCACUAUAAGAUUACACCCGUCCUUGGUACGCGGUCCAUUAUCGAGGUCUAUCCGUAAUUAUUUGGUGGUUUGCAAUGUGUAGCUUGUUGCUAGUUUGAGUAUUAAUUCUAGAAUAAGAACACCUUUGGAUUUAUCCAAUGGUGUCUAUGUAUUGGGCCUGCGAGUGAUGGUCAUCUAUGUUUGUGGACGUGUUUAAUCCUAGUGUUAUUCUAUGAAAUAGAAUUUGUGGUUAGGAUUGUGGGGUGAUUUUUAUUUUAUUUUUCUCUCUCUUUUUUGAAAUCGCCAAUGUAUGAUUAGGCACAGUGGAUGAACGGUUCAGAUUAUCGUGAUAUUGUUGGGUGUUAGUAUGCUUCCAGUUAAAGGUUACAAGGGUGGCCUAUGUUAACACUGUUCAUUUUAUUUUAUUUGAAGGAAGGUGGUAACACACCACCAGAAAUUUAUUGAAGGGUAGAAAAAUUACAAAAGAAACUUCUGGUGGGCCUAACAGAAAUAAAUGGCCGCACCUAUCAUAUGGACCAAAAGACCUAAAACCAAUACAAUACAUAACAUCUAAAGGGCACACAUCAACCCCUAGAAAAAACUACUACCUGCUCAAUGGGCA